AUGCUAGAGAAAUUAAUCUUCUUGUUACUGGGGACGGUAGCCGCGCAUGUGAAGGUCUGCCCUCUCCAUACAAAUGUCGUCUUUGAUCUUAGUUAUCAGUGUAAUGCCCACACUAGCACAUUAGAAGUACGUAAGACAAACGUCGCAGCUGCUAUCGCCGAAGUAAACACCUUGAAAGCUAGAGGCUUCUGUGACAAUUUAAACUCCUUCACGAUGUUGUUCAACAAUCCAUCAAACGACGACUUCAGUAUGCCAGUAGUCUCUCCUCCUUGGGGAGAUUAUGAUCCUGGCGUUGCUACCUCACAGAGCUACAGUUUCACCGAGGAAGAGCUACACGUCAUGUUUUAUAUCGAUGCCCAGUGGGACAGUGGGGCCGCAAGUUUCGACUGGGAUUGGAUGGCCUACAAAAUCAUCCAAGAAGUGCAAAACAGCGUGUACCCGUCAGGAACUACUUUUGAAGUCUUCGUUGCUGCUCCUUCUAAUACAUACGCUCAUUAUCCAAUUUAUAGAUAUGAUACUAUUGAUAGGAAACGCCGAACAACAGACUCACAAUAUCAUGAUUGCGAAAUCCGAAGUGUUCAAGUUCUCUACCAACGACUGGCAGCAGCGCUUCGAGUAGGACCCAUUGCCACCGAAAUUGUACACGCAGCCGGCUUACAAUCGACAGGACUCGUUAACCUAAGCUCCUACUACCUCAAAUACGUUAAAACUGCCGAGCGAAACCGCAUUAUCUCCGUAAACAUCAUCAACCACGAAAGUUUCGUUACGAGCAUCACUCAUAAUGACAAACUCCGAUUCUUUUCCGAAAUUAGCCAUGUUGAGGCUACGAAGUCGAUUUGCUCGCUCUUCCUCUUCCGCGAACAAACCUGGCUUGAUAAUUUCUACAUGAUUAUGGAAAUCGACAGCUAUGACGGAGAAGAUGUCAAUUUUGGCCUCAUUGGCGGUUAUUGGCGAUUCGAGUUCCAGUAUUUGGUCAAUUACUGGUACGGUUCGCCUGUUAUUGUGCCACCGGUUGGUUCUGUAACUGACGCGCCAGUUACUCCCCAGUGCGAAUGCCAAAAUGGAUGCACCUGCGAACCUUCGUGCAAAGAUGAAAAUAAUUAUUAUUGCAAGCCUCAAGUCGGUUUCCCGUUUAUUGGUAAAAACUGUGAGUAUCCGAUUCAACCUCGUUGCACCACCGACUCUGUCUCCAUCUCAGUUCCAAACGAAGCCAUCUUCUGGUAUGCACAGGAGUUCCGAACGUGGCCGUGCACGGAUGUGCAGCUGCAUGCCCGCGCCCUCACCCGCGUUGACUGUGUUGUUGAGGUUCGACAAGCACAAGCUGUCAUCCGCCCUGAAAUUCGAAAUGUCGGCACUGUUUCUAAAGUUAACAUUUGGCAGCCAACAAUGUCCUUCUGGAAAACUAACUUCAACGUUCGCCCAGGAAUCCCCGCGAAUAAUCUCGCUGUUCCCGGUACUGGCACAAUCAUCUACGUUGUUGGUGAAAUGCUGCAUGUAAGAUUAGAAGCAGAUUACAACGGGACUCCGGCGAGUCAAUUGCCGACACCACACACAAUCUCGUUGGACACUUGCACUCUCCGAUCAUCAGUUAACGCUGGCCAUGCGAUCACAAUCUUGUCAAAUGGCGUUGUCCCGCCAAAUCUGCCUUUCCCCGUUGUUGUUGAUCGCGCUGCUGGAUCGGUUGGCGGUGGCCAGGAGUUCCCCGGAGUUGGCUUCCAAUUCCAAAUGUUUCAGUUCGCGCCUGGUACAGAAAUCACGCUGAUGUGCUCCGUACGUAUGGACAAAAACAGAAGACGACGAAGAUCUUCAUACGAUCCCUACUUGCUCCAUGAAAAUGAACAGCAUACUUUCUCCGAAUGGACAGAACUUCUUGACCAAUAUGAAGACUACUAUGAAGAGUACGAAUCAGAUGAAUACUUGCCCGAGCUUUAUAGCAUUUCUGAUGAGUAUUACGACCUUGGCAAUGAUGAAGAACAAAUCGAAGUUACAUUCUUCGUGGUUCAAGAAGCAUCCGACAUCGACGCCCUUAUUGAAGAGAUCAUUGAGGAUCUCCAAACACUCACGAUCUACGCUGACGUUCCUACGACAACGACGACGACAACCACGACAACGACUACGACCAGAACAACCGUUGAUCUUGGCAAAAUGAUUGAUGAAUUUUUCCAUGGAAACUUCACGACACCCAGUACCACCAGGACGACAAUCAAUCUUGCUGAUGAAAUUUUGGAUUUCUUCGAAAACGGGACGAGCUUCAUCGAGUCUAGCGGCAAAAAGCUAAAAUCUGAAGUCUACGAAGAGGUUGAAGAGAUCGAAAAGAUCCUAACGGAAACAGCUAGCUUCAUGUGGAUUCGAUACCUUCUCAUCAGUCUCCUCGGCGCCUUCACGAUUCUCCUCAUUAUCUUCCUCAGACAACGAAGAGAAAUGAUCAUUCAAAAGAGGCUUGAAGAAGAGGCCCUUAUGGGCGAAGAUAAAUCUGCCUUUGGUUGUUCUUUUUAA